AUGGCUACUGACCAAAUCUCGAAUCUCCCAAACGAGAUCUUGUUGCAAAUUUUUGGAUAUUUUUGUCUCCAUUGCCAGGAUGAGUACAAUCAGUCCUGGGACAGCCGACCUCUUCGCCACAAGCCUCAUCGUACGAGACAAAGAGGGGACAUCAAAUCAUGGUAUUCCCUUGACCGUCAUACCCUCUACUCGGCUUCAUUGGUAUCAAGGCGUCUUCGGGACAUUGCCCAGUCCGUCUUGUAUCACGAGUUUGCACUUGGCCACGGUGACUCUUGGGUUUCCAAGUUGUAUACUUGGCAGGGCCGACUUGCGUCUUUUAUGAGAUGUUUGGCACAGAGACCUGACCUUGCCCACUCAGUCAAGGUCUGCUAUGUUUCUACAGCUCUAUUUGAGACAAGUUGUCAGGAAGAAAAUCGAGAGGUCAUGCUGGAGGCGGCUCGUGCUCUUGAUAUCGAUUUACCGGCUGCGUGGAGACAGCGGGUCUCGAAAGCAUCCACCCAUGAGAAGUGUGACUGGCCGAACACUUAUGAUGCGUUCCUGGCCUCUCAUUUGGAUGGGAAUGGUAGCAUGAAUGAAACCCAAGUCCGGAACCUGCACAAUGCCUUCCGCAAGGGCUCCGAGCCUGGCCGACGCUGGAUGAACGCCGAGCUGGUGGCCAUGCUGAUCGCCCUCAUGCCGAAUCUCGACUACAUCAGCCUUCAAGGAAACUACCGAUGGCCAACUCAUGGACUUCCACACUCUGCACUUCCAGCUCUUGGGAUCUCGAGUCUACCUUUGAAGACGCUGGACCUUGCAAUCGGCGGAAAUCCAAUCAUCCAACUGGCAUCCGGUUUGGAGACACUGAACCUACACCAUCACUCUUUCAAUGGGUCUCCAAUUCCAGAGAUGCCCAAGCUAAAGACUCUUCGAGUAACAGAUUGCCUGGUAUCGGCCAAGAGUCUGCAGGAGCUCUUGGAUGCCUGUACGGGGAGCCUGACAACCUUUGAGUUUGAAGCCAAAAUCGACCCUGGGUCUUUCAACCCGUUCGCAUCAGGCCCUUCUUCGGAUCAUUUUCAGUUUUCAGAGGCCAUUGAGUGUCUCGAAGAGCACAAAGACACACUCAAGGUGUUGCAUCUCGACCUCUCGAAUCGAGGCUUUGAGAUGAGCAAGAUCCCCGAUGACCUUGAUCUGAAACAUUUCUCGGUCUUGGAACACAUGUUUCUCAACUCUACGGUACUAUUCGGCCAUGUUCCUAUCGCCAAGGAGCACGAAGCCGACCACCAGAUACUGAUGCGUCUUCUUCCUGAUUCGAUUGUUUCGCUCUCAGCAAGGAAUGACUCACGGUGGACAAGCUGUCUUGAGGAAGCACUUCUGACCUUGGCAGGCUGGAAGGGUCGGACGCCCGAACUGUUUCCAAACCUGAGGUCUAUCCAGAGUGAUAUUAUAUCCAUGGGGACCAAAAGUCUUGUCUCUUUGUUUGAGGCGGUUGUGGUAGACUUUGAUAUCAAGGUCUGCUUGUUAAGUGAGGUGAAGCCUUAUCUGAAUGGCAUGAAUGGGAAGUCUGAACUUCUUGUACCUAUUGUCGAGUCUCAUGCUGAUGGUCAAUGA